CGCGCGCUAGCCCACAACGGAGCCAAUGAGCUUCGAGGAAAGACCUGAUGUCACUUUGUUGUGAAAGUCAGUAGAGGAGCAGAAGUCGUUCAAGCUUGUAUCUUUUUGUAUUGCCCAGGUUGUUGUAGAGAUACGGCGGACUCAAUUGCCAGUAGCACAGAGAUCUGGGGUUGAAUUACAUCCCAGCUAUGCACGUGGUGACACUAAGAGACCUGAUGCGGAUAUGGAUGCUGUUUCUGUGCUGUGCAUCAUGUAACUGUGGACCAGAUCCCAGGAAGCGGGAGGAUCUGAUAAGGCUGGAGGCAUCUAGACGGACAGGAGGCAACAUAACACUGAACGAGAGAGAGAAACUGCUUGACAGAAAGCUUCAAAAACUGAAACAGCAUGAUAUGGAAGCAAAACAGUUUCCACCGUCCAUGCAUUUCUUCAAGGCAAAGCACCUCAUUGAUCAAAGUCCUGUCUUUAGCUUGCUUCAGAAGAUGCCUAAAGGUGCGGCCCUGCAUGUUCAUGACUUUGCUAUGGUAGGUGUGGAUUGGCUGGUGAGGAACGUGUCCUACAGAGAGAACUGCUACGUGUGUUUCACAGAUGAGCAGACCGUGCGGUUUAUCUUCUCCUCUGGACAGCCUGCGUCUCGUUCACACUGCUCCUCAUGGUCUUUGCUCAGAUCCCUCAGGGGGAAGAUUAAAAACACCACUGAUUUGGACAACAGUUUCAUUCGAAAUCUCACACUCUUCACCGAGGACCCAGACAGAGCCUAUCCUAGCCAAGAUAUUGUGUGGAAGAGAUUUAAGCAGGCUUUCUUAGUGGCCUAUGGGCUGGUCACGUAUGCACCCGUGUUCAAAGACUACCUCUAUGAAGGUCUCAGACAGUUUUAUGAGGACAACAUCAUGUAUGUGGAAAUCAGGGCGCUGCUGCCAGUGACAUAUGAACUUGAUGGCAGAAAAAAUAAUAAGGACUGGAGUAUGAGGGCCUGUCAGGACGUUGUGAGAAGAUUUACUGCAAACUACCCAGACUUCUUAGGGGCUCGGGUGAUUUUUACAGUCCACAGGAGUAUAAAUGCAGCUGAGGCGGUGAAGACAGUAGAGGAAGCAAUGACGCUACACAGGAACUUUCCAGAUAUCAUGGCAGGCUUUGACUUUGUAGGACAAGAAGACCUUGGAAGACCUCUGUGGUACUUCAAGGACGCUUUGAGUGUUAACCUGCCCUACUUUUUCCACGCAGGAGAGACAGAUUCACAGGGAACAGAUGUGGAUCAGAACCUCAUGGAUGCUCUUCUGUUCAACACCACACGUAUAGGUCACGGCUUCGCUUUGGCACGUCAUCCUGUAGUUAAAGAGAUGUCUAGAAAGAUGGAUGUACCACUUGAAGUCUGUCCAAUCUCAAAUCAGGUGUUGAAACUGGUCUCAGACUUGCGGGACCACCCAGCGGCGGUGCUGAUGGCCGAGGGUCACCCUGUAGUGAUCAGCUCGGAUGAUCCAGCUCUGUUUGGGGCUACUGCCCUUUCACACGAUUUCUACGAAGCCUUCAUGGGCUUUGGAGGAAUGAGCUUUAAUAUAGGCACAUUGAAAGAGCUGGUCAUAAACUCCCUCAGGUACAGCUCAUUGCCAAGUCAAACUAAGAAAAAGGCUAUUGAGGUAUUGCUGGGAAAAUGGGACAAGUUUGUCUCGGAAAGUUUACUGUAGACUACUUCAAACUACUUUCAAACAUGCUCUAAGGGCAAUAUGUUUUCCUCUUAUGUAUGUCAUAUUGGUGAACAUACUGGAGUGUGAAUUCUGUAAAUUAGCUGU